AAUCCGGUUUUACAGUGCCUAGUAGUGGGUUACUGUAUCAAUAAAAUGGGCCUUUUUAAGGCCCAUAAAACUCGAGCCGGAUCCAAAUCGGGACGCUAAAACUUAAUUCAAUGAAUGAGCUUGAGGAACACGUAAAACCCUAAACCCUAUCUUAGCUCUACUUAGUUUUCUACCCUUACUCCUAGUGUGAAUUCUCAGCUUAGCUAGAUCUGUUCUGUAUCUAUUGAAAUCUUCUGCGGUUGGUUGAGUGAGAAUUUAUCACCAUGUAUCGUCUUGUCUCCAACAUUGCUUCAAAAUCUAGAAAUGCCAGAAAGUGUACAACCCAGAUUGGAAGCAGGCUCAGUUCCACUAGGAGUUAUUCAGCAAAAGACAAAAGGUCCGGUGUUAACAAGGAGCUUUCUGAUACAGGUCAAGUCACUAUGGGACCCAAGCAGUGCCGUGCGAAGGGGUGUAAUGUCACCAUCGAACAAAGCUCUGAGGGUAAUAUCACCAUCACACAUAGCUGGCGACGGCGUGCACCAAAGGUGACAAAAGAUGAUGUUACUGUUGCCAAGAGCAUUGAGUCCAAGGACAGAGUAGACAAGAAGGUUUUUGCCAGUCCUGUCAAACCGGUUUCCAAAGCCACAAAUAAUGUAGCUGUUUAUGGAACAACGUAUGCUACAGUCCUUACUCGAGCUAUCCUCACGGAAGCUUGUAAAUCAAUUGCUUCUUGGACGAAUGAAAGGGAACUAACACGUGGUAUCAAGUUAGCAGUUGGUACCGUUUUGAAGAACUUAAAGUGUAGGGCACGCAUGAUUCGCACUUUUGAAGAAAUUGCCCAAGUUGGAACGACAUCAGCUAAUGGAGAUAAAGAGAUUGGUGAACUAAUUGCAAAGGCUAUUGAAAGUGUUGGCAAAGAGGGAGUGAUCACUGUUCAAGCUGGCAACACCUGGUCUAACGAGUUGGAAGUUGUGGAGGGUAUGAAGAUUGACAGGGGAUACAGAUCCCCACUCUUCAUUACAAACAAGAAAAACCAAACAUGUGAGCUAGAAGAUCCUCUCAUUCUCAUCCACGAGAAGGAAAUUACUAGUCCUGAUCCUAUGUCUAAAGUUACCGGUCCUGAUUCUAUCUCUACAGUCUUAGAGUUGGCUCUCCAGAAGCUGGAAUAUCCUCUCCGUCACUAUUUCAACAAGGCGAAAGUUACCAAAUUUGAAUAUAUGACUAAAGUCUUAGACUUGGCCCUCAAGAAAAAAAGGUCGUUACUGAUCAUUGCGGAGGAUUUGGACAGUUUUUCUGUUGGUGGGCUGAUUUGGAAAACGCCUCGUUCUCGCGAUGUUACUAGGCAAGGGCUAAGUUGGGAAACUCCUAGUGGUGAAAUGAAGCUCUGUGCUGUGAAGGCCCCUGGUUUUGGAGAAAACCGUAGGGCUUAUAUGCACGAUCUAGCUACCCUCACAGGAGCCCAGGUAAUAACAGAAGACAGAGGUAUGAGUCUUGAGAAAAUUGAACUCAGUAUGCUUGGAAACUGCAAAAAGGUAAUUGUAUCCAAAGACAGCACUGUUUUUAUUGGUGGGGCUGGUGACAAGAAACAUAUUGGAGAACGAUGUGAACAGAUACGAUCCAUGGUUGAAGCGAGCGAGUCUGACUAUGACAAGGGUAUGUUACAAGACAGGUUGGAUAAGCUUUCUGGUAGAGUUGCUGUAAUAAAGAUUGGAGGAUCGAGUGAGAGAGAAGUAAAGAUAGAUAGAGUAACCGAUGCUCUAAAUGCCACCAAAGCAGCUUUAGAAGAAGGUAUUGUUCCAGGCGGUGGUGUUGCUCUUCUGUACGCGUCAAAAGAACUUGAGAAGCUUUCCACAGAUGAUGAUUCUGAUCAGAACCUUGGUGUCCAAAUCAUCCAAAACGCUCUCAAGACACCUGUUUACACUAUUGCUUCCAACGCUGGAGUCGACGGUGAAGCCAUCGUAAACGAGCUUUUGGAAUCAGAUAAUCCUGACCUAGGUUAUGAUGCUGUUAAAGGAGAAUACGUCGAUAUGGUGAAAUCUGGUAUUAUCGACCCUGUGAAAAUGAUCAGAACUGCAUUGGUUGAUGCUGCAAGGAACGCAGAUGUGUCUAGUCUUUGUCGACAACGAUGGAAGCAGCUGGGACUGAGAUUCUACUAAGGAAGAUGUGUCUCCGGCUAUGGGUGCCAGUGGUGGCGACAACUGACAAGGACCAUAUAUGGCUUUCUGAUGAGAACCAUACACGCUAGCUAGGUUACUAGAAACUGUUGUGAGAUUAUGUGGUUGCUUCAUCCAUAAGGCACUAAUUAUUCCUGGAUUUUUUUCCAGUUCACAAUAUUUUAUAAAAUCUUUCAAGAUUUAAGUAUUAUGGUCAGUCUUUUUUGUUAUUUUCAGCUUGAUG